AUGCAUUUUUGUGUUAGAGACAAGAAAGAAAGAAAGAAAGAAAGAAAGAAAGAAAGAAAUGAGCAGUUGGAGGGCGCACAAGUGGCCUUGGCUGCACCAACCAACCAAAGUGGAUCCAGAGAGAGAGCAGCCAUGGCCAUGCCCAUGCCCGGCCUCCUCCCCAACCUCCUCCCUCCCUCCAUCGUCUCCCAACGACGGUGGUUAUCUCACCGCCGGCCACCGCCGGCCCACCGCGCCACCAGCAGAAUCACAAGCAGCAGCAGCGGCGGCGGCGGCGGCGGCGACGACUCCACCACCACGUCUCCGGCGGCGGUGAAGCUCACCUACCUCGAGUUCAACGGCUGGCUGUGGGAGCUGCCCGGCGGCUUCCGCGUCCUCGUCGACCCCAUCCUCGUCGGCAACCUCGACUUCGGCAUCCCAUGGCUCUUCGACGCCGCCAAGAAGACCCUCCCCAACCCCAACUCCCAGCCAGACGCCGGCCUCCUCGCCGGCGUCGACCUGCUGCUCAUCACCCAGAGCCUCGACGACCACUGCCACCUCCGCACCCUCACCCAGCUCGCCGCCGUCCGCCCGGGCCUCCCCGUCGUCGCCACGCCCAACGCGCGCCCCAUCCUCUCCGCCCUCCCCUUCGCCCACGUCACCUACCUCGAGCCCGGCCAGUCCACCGCCGCCGCCGCCGCAGUCACCGUGCUCGCCACCGCCGGCCCCGUGCUCGGCCCGCCGUGGCAGCGCCCCGAGAACGGCUACAUCGUCACCGCCGCCGCCGCCGCCGCCGGGGGCAGAAGCACCAGCGUCUACUACGAGCCGCACUGCGUGUACGACGCCGGGUUCCUGCGGGGCAGGGCGGCGCGCGCCGACGUGCUCAUCACGCCCGUCGUCAAGCAGCUCCUCCCGGCCGACUUCACCCUCGUCUCCGGGCAGGAGGACGCCGUGGAGCUCGCCAGGCUGCUCCGCCCCGGCUACGUCGUGCCCAUGAGCAACGGCGAGUUCGACGCCAAGGGGAUCCUCGCCGCCCUCGUCUCCACCCGGGGCACCAUCCAGGCCUUCAGGGCCAUGCUCGCCCACGCGCUCCCCGACGCAAAGGUCGUCGAGCCCACCCCCGGCGUCCCGCUCCACCUCCGCUUCGACGACGACGACAACGACGACAAUUCAUCAACAACAACAACAACAUCAUCAUCAUCAUCAUCAUCAUCAUCAUCAUCAUCAUCAUCAUCAUCAUCAUCAUCAUCAUAG